CUUCCUGUAAGGUCUGUAUUAAUAUUAUUCUAUCAUUUACAUCUUUUUCAAAGUAGUCAUGUUAUUCAACGCCAUAAUCAUUGGUGAUUAACUGUAUGUUGGGUUGUGUUUUCCAGACGCAAAACCAAAGCAGUAACAACAUGGAUGCAAAUAUAAUCCAGCAGCUGCAACAUUUGCAGCAGCUCCUUAUGAAACAGCAGGACUCGUCGGCUAGACAGGAAGCGGACCAAGUCAAGUUCGACAAGAAACUCUUGGACUUCGACUAUGGGUCGGAUGACGACGAUGAAAAUGCAGCUCCAUCUCCGCAGCCACAACAGUCCACUGGCUUAGAGAGCAUAUUAUCAAAUCCUGAGGUGAUGCGGCAGCUGCAGAAUCUGCAGCAGCAAAUGAGUCAGCAGCAGAUGAAACAGCAGCAGCAUGAAAUGGAAGAAAAACUGAGAAAACUACAAGAGAUGAAGCAGCAGGAAGAAGAGUUUGAUAAACACCUGGCUCAAACUCUCCCUAAUCUUCCCUUUGCAUCUGAAUGUGAAUUAAAACCCAUUGAAAUCAAACCGCCACAACCUCAAAUCAUGCGAUACGACCAGCAUGAUUUUGACCAGCAUAAGCCAGCAUACACUUUCCCUGUCAUGGACAUGUCGCAACCCCCUCCAGGAUACCCGCCAACUCUUCCAGUUGACCAUUCAGCUGGGGGACAUACUUCAGUACAGAAAGAUGCUCUACAUGAGGAUGGAGAGCAGGCAGAUUCUGAGGUGGAAUUCGUGGAAAGAACAGGACCUGAUACAAACUGUAUAGAAAUUAUCAACUUAGAUCGAAGUCGUUCAAGAAGUCCAUCAUUGAGCAACUCUAAAAUGUACCGGCGACGGCGAAGUCGGUCAAGGUCUCGUGAUCGAAGACGUGGAAGAAGGUCACGAUCAAGAUCUGCUUCUGAUGGGGGAAGGUCACGGUCCCGAUCUCGGCGGAGAAGAACAAGAUCUCGAGAACGAGACCGGGAGAGAGAGAAGGAACGAGAGAGGGAAAAACGAGGUUUACCUCCUAUUAAGAAGGAUCAUUUAUGUGUGUGCAGUACCACACUCUGGGUUGGACACCUGUCAAAAUUGGUACACCAGGAAGAACUGUCGGAUACUUUCGGUGAAUAUGGAGAUAUUGUGUCUAUCGAUUUGAUCCCUCCUAGAGGCUGUGCAUUUAUUUGUAUGAAUCGGCGACAAGAUGCAUACAGGGCACUACAGAGGCUGAAGAAUCAUAAGCUGCAGGGCAAGGCCAUUACGUUGGCCUGGGCUCCUGGUAAAGGAGUUAAGGGAAAGGAAUGGAAGGAUUACUGGGAAGUGGACCUUGGUGUUUCUUAUAUCCCUUGGGUAAAACUUACUCGGGAUUCUGAUUUGGAUGCUGUGGAGGAAGGUGGCAUGAUUGAUGAAGAAACCGUUCCAGAGUGGAUUAAGAGCCACAUGCAACAGCAGCAGCAACAGCACCAGCAGGAACAGCAGCAGAAUUCUGUUCCAUCCACUCCAGUGCUAGGCCCUGACCAGAUAUCUGCUGCAGACAUGGGGGUCUCAGCCCCCCCUCCUGGCUUCAUUCCACUUCCUGAAGGUUUGCCCGUACCUGCCUCUGCCAUCCCCACUACCUCAGUGGCACAAGGCGUAGGAGUCGACACAUCACAACCUCCACCCCUGCGACCACCAGAGGGAGGAUUAUCUGCUCCAGGACUGCCAGGGAUUCCAACCGGAAUGCCUGGAACUAUAACGGGUGUACCGCCACCGGGUGCAAUGCCUAUGGUAUCACCUUUUGCUCUUCCCAAUGUACCUCGUCUCUUAGCUCCAAUGGGCAUGGCUAUGGGCCAUGGAAUGAUGCCAAAUGUCCCAAUUGGUGUUCCUCCUCCAGCCAUGCAGGGUCUGCUGAUGCCACCUACUGGACAGAUGAUGCAUCAGCAAAUGAUCGGUGGUGUGCCCCAGCCAGUCAACUCCCCCUUCAAUGCAGGCCCUGGCACCCCAGUGGGCAUCAUACCUGGACCCCAUCCCCAUGGCCAGUUAAGUCAGAUCCCUCUUCCUGCUCCUGCAGCCCCCCAGGAUAAACCCAAUACUGGGCUUCCCCACACAGCACCUCCUAUUGGAGUGCCACCUCCCACGUCUGAAGCCAACCUGCCAGGGCUGAGUGAAGCUAUGCUUCGUGUCCCUUUCGGAGUUCCGCCAGGGAUGCAUCCACAAGCCCGCAACAUUCCCUUGCGAGUAAAUGCUGAGGGUGGGAACAUGGAGAUGGAUGUUCCAGAUGGUGAACCACCAAAGACAAAUGAGCAGGCAGAUGGAUUGAUGAGGAUAAGUGACCCGAUGUUGGCUGCCUUGGGUGGCAGAGGUGCACCACCAUAUGGACACCCUCUUGUAGGACAACCAAUGCAACAAGGCCUCCCUCCCCACCUAGUGGCUCUUCAGCCACCCCAUCUCCAACAACAGAUGCAACAACUGCCACCACUGCAGCAACAAGACCAUCAGUCACAAACACAACCAUUGGCACAGCCCCCACAACCAGCAACAUCUGAUCAACCGCAGCAAAAGGACAGCUCAAACAAGUUCAGUCAAGAACAGGACUCUUCUUCAAGGGAAGGCAGUGAAUUAUCAGAAAGGAAUCGGAAUCGCGAACGAAAUAGAGAUCGUGAUAGAGACAGAGAUAGAGACCGUGACAGGGACCGUGAUAGAGAUCGUGACAGGGAUAGGGACAGAGAAAGGAGUAGAUGGGGUGAUCGUGAUAGGGACCGUGACAAGGGUAGGGAUCGAGACAGGGACCGUGAUCGUGAUCGUGACAGAGAUAGGGAGAGAGACAGAGAUCGAGACUGGAGAGAGCCUCAGCAUCACAAUGAGGACCGUCAGCAAGUUCCUAGUCCAUGGACAGACCAGGUGCUACCUCAACAGCAGCAAGGAGAGAAGUCUGAGAAACCAAGUCUCCUGGACCGGCUGCGUAGCUUGGCCAAUGAUGGACACACUGGCAUUGACAGGGAUGACAACAGAAAUUCAUUUUGUGGUCGUGACUCAAGACCACCACCCCUAUCACGCCGAGACAGAAGUUCCUCUGCAGAGCAAAGCAGUGAGAGGGAGGGAUCUGCAUCUGGUCCAAAUGCCCCACCAUCUUUGUUGGAUCUCCCUAAAAUUCCUCCACCAGCAAUUCAGGAAGGUGGUUCUGAUAAUAGGAAAUCCCAUGGAACUGAGGGUCAUCAGGGACCUCCUGGACCACGGUUCCAGGGUGCUAGAGGGCCCCCUGGACCAGGUGGCCCUGUUUUCAGUCCAAGGGGUCCAGGGCCUGAUGGAUUCAGGCAACCAGGCCCAGGAUUCAGGCCUGAUAGUGUUCGGCCACCUGGUCCUUUCCCACGAGGCGGUCUACCUGAGGGCAUAGACCGGCAUCCUGAUGGAUUUGGACGUGAAAUGUUGCCCAGAGAUUCUCGGCCAGAAGAAUUUGAUUCAGAAAGGAAAGACUUUGAUUCUAGACAUCCACGACCAGAAGGUUUUGAGCCACAAGGGCCUAGACCUGAAGGUUUUGAGCAGCGGAUGCCUCACCCUGAUGAAUUUGAAGUUUUUGGCCCUAGGGGUCCCCCUCAUCCAGAUGACUUUGACAUUCACCCACCAGUCCCAGAUGAUUUUAAUCCACGAGGAAUGCAUCCAGAUGAAUUUGACCCACGUGGCCGACGACCUCCUGAUGGUUUUGAUCCUAGGGGACCCCCAAGAGAAGGAUUUGAUCCUCGGAUACCACAUCCAGAGGAUUUUGAUCCUAGGGGUCCUAGACCGGAUGGUUUUGACCGCAGGGGCCGGGGUCCAGGACCAGAGUUCUUUCCUUCUCGUCGUGAAUUUGGCCCAAGAGGAAUGAUGGGACCUCGGAUGGGUAUGGGCCCUGAUGGUUUUGGGCCACGACCUUUACUACGUGGACCAGGUAAAUAUCGUUUUCUUUUGUAUGAAAAUUAAACAAACUAACAACUU